CCACCAGUUCCACCCACCUGUGCCCACCAGUGCCACCCACCUGUGCCCACCAGUUCCACCUGUGCCCACCAGUGCCACCCAUCAGUGCAGCCCAGCAGUGCUGCCAGUCAGUGCCACCAUCAGUGCCGCGAGUCAGUGCCCAGCAGUGAUGUCAGUGCCACCUAUCAGUGCUGUCUAUCAGUACCCAUUAUCAGUGUCACCUAUCAGUGCCACCAAUCAGUGCCACCAAUCAGUGCCGCAUAUCAGUGCCACCUAUCCGUGACACCUCAUUAGUGCUGCCUAUCAGUGCAGCCUAUCCGUGCCACCUCAUUAGUGCUGCCUAUCAGUGCCGCCUAUCAGUG